CAGGGGGCGGCGGCCCAGGGGGAGGUGCGGCGCUGCCGCCGCCGCCUUGGUCGCUGGAGGAGUGGCACGUGAAGGGACUGGAGGAGGAGGACGAGGGAGACCCCCUUGAGGCGCUAGCGCAGGCGGAGGCGGGUGACGGCGGAGACGAUGGGCGCGACGUUGGCGGAGGCGCGUGCGGCGUCCUCGGAACAGCAGUUUGGGAGGGCGGCGAGGAGGAGGGCGAGGGUGAGGAGGGAGGCGGCGAGGUGGCGCAGGUGACUCCGCCUCCAAUGGAUACCGUACCGCGUCUCCACCAGCCACCGCCGGCCGAUACAGGGCUGCCACUUGACGCAGCAACUGCUGCCGCUGCUGCCGCCCUCACGGCUGCCGCCGCCCCCCAGGGCACUACCGAUACCACCGGGGCAGCUGGGACCUACACGUCCAGUGAAGCCGAUCACCCCAUCACAGGUGCCGCUUCUGUCCCUCAACCUACCACCUGCAAUGAGCGGCAACCCCACAUCACCCCGCAUCACCUCCCGCAGCCACCUCCGCAGCCCCCAGACGAGGACGCGGCCCGUGUACGGCAGCAGCAGCAGCAGCGGUUGCGGUCGUACUGGCUGCGGCCUGUCGUACAGUGGGAUCCGUACGAGCGGCUGCUGCUGGCGGGUGCGCUGGUGGUGUGGGGGCUGCGGGGGGCGGUGCGGCGGGAGCUGGGCUACACGUGCAGUGCGGGG